GAAACCAAUAGAGAUAAAGUGUACACCCAGCCAGUUUGAAGCUUGUAAAGGGAAGUCUGAAACCACUUACUCAUGAACAAACAACUGCUCCUGAAAUAAAAAUGAUUAUUCCACAAGUCUUACUUUUAAUGAUAUGUACUUCCAGUCCUAAAGCAGAGGUGCACGCUAUCACUAAGAAGGUCCAUCAGGGAGAAAAUGUAACUCUGCAAUGCGAUGUCCGGCAUGGCCAGGAGACAUCAUGGUGCAGGCAGCAUCCCGAACAAGUACCUGUUGUGAUCUUUCAAGAUGCUUUAAACAUCCGAAGCUCUGAGCCAGACCCAGAGUACCACGAUGGCUUUGGACCUCGUUUCUCUUCCGUUCUGAACCGCACGACCUGGACAGUCAAUCUGAAGAUUGAGAAUAUUUCUGAGUGGGAUUUUGCUCUGUAUUUCUGCACUGUCCGAGUAAAAGGAGAUAUCCGAUUCGGAAAUUCAACCCAUCUUGUGUCUGCAGAAGACACAGGAGAAUCUGUUCCCCUCCCCCUGUGCUGGACACUGCUCGGUACCUCGCUCUUUGUCACAGCCAUUUCCUGUGUUGCCUUUUGUGGUUUUCACAUAUUUCAACAAGAAAGAGUGAAAUCCAAACCUAGUGCCACCAGAAAAUCCAAUAGACAUGAAUCAGAUUAUCAGGCCCGCGCUGCCAAUGUCGAUCUGGAAAGUGAGUACCAGGAACUUACACACAAAGACAGUGCAUUGUAUGCAGUGUGUGUGAAAAAGGAACAACCAAGAAGAGACUGAUCAACAGCUGCAGUUAAUGACCAUCAUAGAAAUGCUUUAUUUAUGAGUCACGCCAGCAGUGCUCUAUGUACACUAGAAUCCAAGCAUGGGCAGAUGAAUAACUGGGUGUGUGGGUGGGCAGCAUUUGUUACCCAUUUCUCAUCACUCGAACCCCUUGCUUGCUCAUCUUGUCCCAUCUUUAAAUAUAUAAGAUUUUAGUGAAAAGAAGCAGAGUGGAGUAGUAUGGAGUAGUGGUUAGGGCUCUGGACUCUUGACCGGAGAGUUGUGGGUUCAAUCCCAGGUGGGGGACACUGCUGCUGUACCCUUGAGCAAGGUACUUUACCUAGAUUGCUCCAGUAAAAACCCAACUGUAUAAAUGGGUAACUGUAUGUAAAAAUAAGGUGAUGUCUUGUAACAAUUGUAAGUCGUCCUGGAUAAGGGUGCCUGCUCAAAAAAAUAAUAAUAAUUGACCAUUGAUUUUUAGGAUCAUC